AUGGAGAAAGCGCGGCCGCUGUGGGCCAACCCGCUGCAGUUCGUGUUCGCCUGCAUCUCCUACGCCGUGGGCCUGGGCAACGUGUGGCGCUUCCCCUACCUGUGCCAGAUGUACGGCGGAGGGAGCUUCCUGGUUCCCUACCUCAUCAUGCUCCUCCUGGAGGGCAUGCCGCUCCUGUACCUGGAACUGGCGGUCGGACAGCGCAUGCGCCAGGGAAGCAUCGGCGCCUGGAGGACCAUCAGCCCCUACCUGAGCGGAGUUGGCGUCGCCAGCGUGGUGGUGUCCUUCUUCCUGUCCAUGUACUACAAUGUCAUCAACGCCUGGGCCUUCUGGUACCUCUUCCACUCCUUCCAGGACCCCCUGCCGUGGUCCGUCUGCCCACUGAACGCCAACCGCACGGGCUACGACGCCGAGUGUGAGCAGGCCUCCUCCACCAAGUACUUCUGGUACCGGAAGACCCUCAACAUCUCGCCGUCCAUCCAGGACAGCGGCGGGCUGCAGUGGGAGCCCGCCCUGUGCCUCCUGCUGGCCUGGCUCGUGGUCUACCUGUGCAUCCUGCGGGGCACCGAGUCCACGGGCAAGGUGGUGUACUUCACCGCGUCGCUGCCCUACUGUGUGCUCAUCAUCUACCUGAUCAGGGGCCUCACGCUGCACGGGGCCACCAACGGCCUGCUGUACAUGUUCACCCCCAAGCUGGAGCAGCUGGCCAACCCCAAGGCCUGGAUCAACGCAGCCACCCAGAUCUUCUUCUCGCUCGGCCUGGGGUUCGGCAGCCUGAUCGCCUUCGCCAGCUACAACGAGCCCUCCAACAACUGCCAGAAGCACGCCAUCAUCGUGUCCCUCAUCAACAGCUCCACCUCCAUCUUCGCCAGCGUCGUCACCUUCUCCAUCUACGGCUUCAAGGCCACCUUCAACUACGAGAGCUGCUUGAGCAAGGUGAUUCUGCUGCUGACCAAUUCUUUCGACCUGGAAGAUGGCUUCCUGACGGCCAGCAACCUGGAGCAGGUGAAGGGCUACCUGGCAUCGACCUACCCCGACCAGUACAGCAAGGUGUUCCCGCUGAUCAGAAACUGCAGCCUGAAGGCCGAGCUGGACACGGCCGUCCAGGGCACCGGCCUGGCGUUCAUCGUCUACACGGAGGCCAUCAAGAACAUGGAGGUUUCCCAGCUGUGGUCCGUGCUGUACUUCUUCAUGCUGCUCAUGCUGGGCAUCGGGAGCAUGCUGGGCAACACGGCCGCCAUCCUCACGCCCCUCACCGACAGCAAGGCCAUCACCCGCCACCUGCCCAAGGAGGCCAUCGCCGGUCUGGUGUGCCUCGUCAACUGCGCCGUGGGCCUGGUGUUCACCCUGGAGGCCGGCAACUACUGGUUCGACGUCUUCAACGACUACGCGGCCACGCUGUCCCUGCUGCUCAUUGUCCUGGUGGAGACAGUGGCCGUGUGCUACGUGUACGGGCUGAGGAGAUUUGAAAAUGACCUUCAGGCCAUGACUGGCCGCACCCUGAGCUGGUACUGGAAGAUCAUGUGGGCUGGCGUGAGCCCGCUGCUCAUCAUCAGCCUCCUGCUCUUCUACCUGAGCGACUACAUCCUCACGGGGACCCUGCAGUACCAAGCCUGGGACGCCUCCCAGGGCCAGCUGGUGACCAAGGACUACCCGGCGUACGCGCUGGCGGUCAUCGGGCUGCUCGUGGCCUCCUCCACCAUGUGCAUCCCGCUGGUGGCCCUGGGCACUUUCGUCGUGCGCCGCCUCCGGCGGGGAGACCCGGCGCCCGUGGCCUGA